UCAAUACUCCUCUUUGUCAGAGUGCUGGUGAAAACCCUGGACAGCUUAUGCAACUUAUGCAGCUUAUUUUUUCUUUUUCCUUGGAAACAGAAGAAUAUUGGAAAUUACUGGAAAUCAGCAGUGUUACCAAAGUGCAGACUGUUAACCCUCAGGUGGAGGUGUCCAUGGACUCCGUUCAAGGCCACACACUGAUUUCUUAGAGCAUAGAUGACGUCAAAGUGUGUGGCUCACACUGGAGUGUAUAAAAGCAGAAGGAGAGUACAGAGCAGUCUGUAGCCUCACAUCCAAGAAAACACAGCUGCAGACAUGGUCAUAAGUGUUGCCCUCAUCUGGGCCGUUGUGGUGGGACUCUGCUGCUGCCUGUGGCUUAUUCUGGGAAUCCGUAGGAGACAGCCAGGGGAACCUCCAGUAGAAAAUGGCUGGAUCCCCUACGUGGGUUGUGCGCUUCAGUUCGGCGCCAACCCACUGGAAUUCCUCCGUAGCAGGCAGAAGAAAUACGGUCACAUUUUCACAUGUAAGAUUGCUGGCCGAUACGUCCACUUCCUCUGCGACCCGUUCUCUUAUCACUCAGUCAUCCGCCAAGGGAGGCAUCUAGACUGGAAGAAAUUUCACUUCGCAGCAUCUGUCAAGGCAUUUGGUCAUGAAAGCAUGGACCCGAGUCACGGCUACACGACAGAGAACCUUCACCAGACAUUUCUGAAGACUUUGCAAGGUGAUGCUCUUCCGUCUCUCAUUGAAAACAUGAUGGAGAACUUGCAAAGUGUCAUGCUGCAGUCCAACAUGCUCAAAUCCAGCAGCUCUGAAUGGGAAGUGGACGGCAUCUUCGCGUUCUGCUACAAAGUCAUGUUCGAGUCCGGCUACCUCACACUGUUUGGACAGGAGCUGGAUGGAGACAAGACUGCUGCAUGUCAGCAAGCCCAGAAAGCCCUCGUCCUCAAUGCCCUCGAGAACUACAAGGAGUUCGACAAGAUUUUCCCUGCGCUCGUCGCAGGCCUCCCCAUCCACGUAUUCAAGAGUGGCCACAGUGCACGAGAGAACCUCGCCAAAACCAUGCUGCACGAGCACCUCAGCAAGCGCAUCAAGAUAUCCGACCUCAUAUUGCUGCGAAUGCAGCUCAACGACUCACUAUCUACCUUCAACGAGCUGAGCAAAGCCAGGACUCAUGUCGCUAUCCUGUGGGCUUCACAAGCCAACACCUUACCUGCAACUUUCUGGACUCUCUUUUACCUGAUCAGAUGUCCAGCAGCACUGAAAGCAGCUACAGAGGAAGUCAAAAAGGUGUUUGAGAGUUCCAACCAGAAAGUCGAUCCCAAAGAUCCUCAGCUCAUCCUAACCAGGGAACAGUUAGACAACAUGCCAGUUCUUGACAGUGUAAUUAAGGAAGCGAUGAGGCUCUCCAGCGCCUCUCUGAAUGUGAGGGUGGCUAAAGGAGAUUUCUUGCUCCAGCUGGACAACAAGGAAUCGUACCAGAUCCGCAAAGACGACGUCAUAGCGCUGUAUCCACAGAUGCUCCAUUUCGAUCCUGAGAUCUACGAAGAUCCUCUGACUUACAAGUACAACAGGUUCUUGGACGAAAACGGACAGGAGAAGACGAGCUUUUACCGAGGAGGACGUAAACUGCGGUACUACUACAUGCCGUUCGGCUCCGGGGUCACCAAAUGUCCCGGACGAUUUUUCGCCAUUCAUGAGAUCAAACAGUUCCUGUCUCUGGUGCUGUCCUACUUCGAAAUGGAGCUUCUGGAUUCCGAAGUCAAAGUUCCUCCUUUGGAUCAGUCACGCGCCGGCCUCGGCAUUUUACAGCCCAAAUACGACGUCGACUUUAAAUACCGGCUCAAAAAGCAAUAGGAACUUCACAUUCUGUUUGUAUUUAUUGUAAAUAGUGUAUAUUUUUGUUACUAAGAGACAUUUUCACUGGAAAACUCGAAAUCUGUCCUUUUUGGUAGAUAAUUUUACGUAAUAUACGUAAAUAUAUUGCGAUAAUUUUACGUAAUAUACGUGAUGAAUAUACAUGUUGAACCUACGCCUAUCAUUUCUAUCAAAUUUGUAUGAACUCGACAUGUUUUUGUGUCCAAACCAGUAGUAAACAUUCUACGCCACGAUAUGAUCAGAACCAUGGCCUUAUUAACGUUCCACUGCCACAGCAAUGAAGUGUAGGUUUUAAAUGAUUUCAUAUUUGUGCUGAUUUCCAGUCUGAUCACAUCUGAUCACGAUGCCACUUUAAUGCUGUUUAAGAUGUCUCUGCUGACUGUUAUCAGUAAUAUUUACUGCUUGUGCCAAGAGGUUCUCUACUUAAUGAAUGACUAGUGCUGUAUAUCAUGAGAAAUUCUAACAUGAUAACGUACUCCCAGCAGAUUCGUUUUCACACUUGCUGUACUGAGAAUUCAAUUAAAACUCUUUUUUUUUAUACCACAA